AUGGACCAACAUGGACGCCUCCUGGAAAUUAAGGCUCUAGCCGAAUUCCUAGGUGUCGAGGACAUGGACUUUGACAGUGGUACUGAUACCAAAGUCGAGGGGGAGGAGCAAUCCAAACUCAACACGCCUGUGUAUGGGGAAAUUCCCCAUCUGGCACCUAAUCCGUUCCCCGAACGUAGUGCCGCGACUGCGCUAACAGCGCUGGGAGCAAUGUUCCACAUGGAUACAUCCAUUAUCACUAACCCGCUUGAUGAGGAGCAACAACGCAUGCUCUAUUAA